AUGCCGCAAGGGAGCUUGAAGUCAAAGAAGCCGCAGGUCGUGAACAAGAUCAAGAAAGCGAACUCGACUAAGAAGGGACUGAAGGCCUACAAGGCGAAGAAGCAGACCUUCGGUGACAAGCUCAGCAAGAAGCUGACGGCAGAGAUUUCAAACAAGAUAGAGAGGGAGAUCGCAGGGAAGUUCAGCAAGAGCGGAGGCAAGCUGUCAAUUAUCAAGAACACUUAA